AUGAAGACGGUGUGUGUAACUGGUGGAUCAGGCUAUAUUGCUUCAUGGCUCGUCAAAUUCUUGCUGCUGCGCGGCUAUACAGUCAAAGCUUCUGUUCGUGACACCAAUGAUCAAAACAAGACACAGCACUUACUCUCACUUGAUGGUGCAAAGGAGAGGCUUCAAUUGAUAAAAGCAGAUUUAAAUGAAGAAGGCUCCUUUGAUGCUGUUGUUGAUGGCUGUGAUGGCGUUUUCCACACCGCCUCUCCGUUUUUCCUUGCAACUACUGAUCCACAGGCAGAUUUGAUUGAUCCCGCACUGAAAGGGACACUGAAUGUGCUCCGAUCGUGUGCGAAAACACCGUCAGUCAAAAGGGUCGUUUUGACUUCAUCGGUAGUUGCCAUUUUUGCCAAUGGAAAACCUCGGACUCCUGAAGUUGUUGUUGACGAGACUUGGUGGUCCGACCCUGAGUUUUGCAGACAAACACAGCAAUGGUAUUUCCUGUCAAAGACAUUGGCUGAGGAUGCUGCAUGGAAGUUUGUGAGAGAGAAAGGUAUCGACUUGGUUUCUAUAAACCCGGGCUUGGUGAUUGGUCCCCUGUUGCAGCCAACUCUUAACACAAGUUCUGCUGUUGUCUUGCACAUGAUAAGCGGUGCAGAAGCAUAUCCAAACCAUACAUUCGAAUGGGUGAACGUAAAAGAUGUUGCAAAUGCACAUAUUCUGGCAUUUGAGAAUCUUUCGGCAAAUGGAAGAUACUGUGUGGUGGAGAGUGUUGCACACUGUUCGGAAAUUGUGAAGAUACUGCGCGAAUUGUACCCUAAGCUUCAACUUCCUGAAAAGUGCGCCGAUGACAAGCCAUUCAUGCCUACAUACAAAUUCUCGAAAGAAAGAGCUGAAAGAAUAGGUGUCGAAUUCACUCCACUCAAAGAGGGCAUCAAGGAAACAGUCGAAAGUUUAAAGGAGAAGAACUUUUUCAAAGCUACUUAA